AUGGUAUUGGAACCAACACGACCCGAGCCGAGCCCGGCAUUGCUCGACGAUAAAAUGAUUAGCGAAUUCGAGCACCUAGGCACCGAACACCUCGGGGAGGGUGGCGACUACAGCCUGGUAGAGAUUGUAAAAGCCGCGGAAUGCUUCAAGCGUGGACUGAACGCGCCGUACCGUACUCCGUUGAUCAGGGAGCCCCUGCGAGCUGAGCUGCGCAAGUACACGGUCGAGCAAGGUGAGCUCAAGGAUGCUGACGAGCCCACGCGCGAGCGUGUAUACCCGCCCGUCAUACUUCUUGCCGGAACCAAUACCCGAAGACUUCAGGUACCCCGAGCUGGCGUCGGCUCAUCCGGACUGCUGGUUGGUGGAGCAUAUGCGGUCAGAGCCAGCAUUGGUGUUGGCAUUGCGGUCACCAGCGGACUGAGCGCGGGCUGCGAAGCCGCUGGAUGCCAUGUUGGCGCCGCUAGUGGCCUGGUGUCACACGUGAUCGCCCCCGAAGCCGUUCUGCUCGAGCGCGUAGGCAUGCGACAAGGGCACUACGAGGGCGCCAACAUGGUCCACAGCCAGUUUGUUCAGGAGACAUGUUAUAAUGUGGUCAAAGGCGGCCCCAAGAACUGGCUCAGCUAUCCGCAUUUUAGCUGCAAGCGGCACCCUGGCAAGGGCUUCACUCGGCUGGAGAACCUUGACGAUCACGCGAUCGACGAUGACGAGGAGCUGGUUGAGACUCUCGGCCUUGGUGCGAGCCCGCGCGUUACUGACAAACGCAAGCCGGACGGCCCUGACCCCCGCGACGAGGCCAAGCGCCUUCAGAAUGAGAACGGAGGCCUCUGCGCACUGGUGACCGAACCAGCUGUCAACCUGCCUAGUGGCGUCUCCCCAAUCGACCAGCACGAGUUUGACGCCGGCUGCGGACGUGGAGAUGAUGCGUCAACCCACAACGGCCGCAGACGCUACCGGUCCCUUCAAGCCCUCGCCCCAUCACUGUCAAUGAUAUCUAAGAUCGUGGCUGCGACGCGUCCCAUGGAUAUGCCUAGCCUCCUGAUUGGAGAGGAGACUGGGUGCUGGACUUACUUCCAGCUACAAGUUGAAGCGGCAUUGUUGGAUAUCCUAUUCAUCCUGGUCUGUCCUGUCCCAAGAAUGGCCAAAGGUUUCUUCGGCCACAUGAAGAACGCUCUGCGGAGACUUCUGUCAUACGGCAGGCCGGAUAAUAAUGCGAAGAAUCGGAGCCGGCCGUUUUUCAAACGCGCUCUCGAGCUAACCAUAAGAGUCAAGCUGGGAGCUGCGAAUGACAUCACCAAGCUGCCGCAUCCACAGAUCGACCCGGCCGAGCCGACCGCCAUGAGUAGUCUUCUUGACAGACAUUUGCUACAAGGCAAGCACUCGCAGGGCAAAGGGCGGGCUUACAUCCAAGACCCAAACGAGGUCAGGGAAAUUACGCGGAUGUUCGGGGAGCAGAAGAUGACCGUCCGUGAGCGGGAAGCGGAACUGAACCGAGUCAAGGAAGAUCUCAAGUCAGACAGGGACAGACAAGAGAGACCCGCCAGUCUAAUGUACCGCGCAGCUCGAGACUUGAUGUCUUAUAAGAGGCUCGAGACGAGUGCCAGCGACUGA